AUGGAAACAAAAGAAAAGUUCUUUUUUCCAAAAAGAACCAAUCAUUGGAAAUCCAAGUACCAAGCAGAAAAAGACACGAAAUUACAAGCCAUUUUAUCCGAUUCAAAAACAAAAUUCUGUAAAAUAAGCAGAUCACAAAUUAGAAAAUGUCAAAGAUCCAAGAUGGACAGGUUUCCACUUUAUACUUUCUUGAAAUAUUUUCAAAAGAUAUUUUAUUUUAAACUUGAUGUUAAUAAAAAAAUCAACACAUUUUCAUUUGGACCAGUGAAAAAAUUUGCUGUUGGAAAAAGACGAAGAGGAAAGUGUCAAAGUAGUAAGUACAAAGUUUGGAAAUACUCUUCUUGUUACAAGAAGUUUACCUACAGGGCCCGCUUGGGAAAUGCUUUCACAACAGGAAUAGGAGCCACGCUACAGUACUUCAAUGAAACAGUUCACUCUUCCACAUUGAGAUAUGUUGCACACCCAUCCAACAUUGCUAGAAUGGCAUACAAAUUAAGUAUUCUUGCUUAUCUACAAGUUGGUGAAAUGUUGUACCAGUGUGAUUCGGUAACUCUUGCUCAUGAUGCCACAGCAGUUGUUGAUAAGCAUCCAGAUUUCCAGAUUUCAGUCAGACUUCCAGAUGGCACAGCUGUAGAUUACACCGUCACAUUGUUUCAUCUCUACAGUAAGUAUGGUAACUGUAGUUCUCUAAGUCUAAUAGUUAUACUAUGA